AUGGCGAUCCAUUUUGUCUACGAUGGACUAGAAGACUUUUUAAAUGUCUUAAGGGACCAAAAGCUUUGCGCCGAGGAGGCCGGAUUCGAUUUAUUGGUAUUUUCAGAAGUCGAGCAUGACUUCCUACGUCGCCACGAAGCUAUGAUAGAGCGAGAAAAGCUUCGAAUAUUUAAGUAUGCGCCGGAUAAACAACAACUCAUCCUCAAGAUGCCAAUCCGUGCUGUCUUUGUUGCCCAGGGAAGGAUCUUCAGAUAUUUGACACAGCAAAUGACAAAGGUCGGAAUGAAAGAUGACGACUGGAUGCUUCUUAACGGAGGCGAUUUUGAACUUGAGAACGGGUGGACUGUCGAGCCAGACCUGGCACUCUAUUCAAUGGCAAAUAAUAAAAGGACGUCGUUGUUUCCGCGUAUCGUCUUUGAGAUUGGAAUUUCGCAAUCAGUCGAAGAGUUAAGAAGCCGUGGAGACGAUUAUAUCCGGUAUUCUGAAGGGAAGAUCAACGCAGUAAUAUACAAGGCGUUCAGACGGCCUGAUCAGGACCAGGCUUUUGAGUCAGUGAUUUGGGGUCGUGGUUUAAUUACGUUCGAUAAAGAUGGUCACAGUAUUACCACGGGGCCAAUGAUCAUUCCUAUCGGAAAGGUUCAUCCAGGCACCCCGGAUGAACUCGAGUUGAGUGAAGAAAACCUCGUCAAAAUCACUGAAAAAUUUAUGCUGGAGCGCUGGCAGGAGUAA